GCACUAUGACACAGGAAAUAGUUCUCAGGGCGCGUCUUUGUUAGCGGGGAAUACCACGUUUGGCUGGUUUUAGUGACAAUGUACAACAUGUACAAUGUGAACAGCUAAAUGGUUUCACUUCUGCGUUAAAUUCCAUUUGUAAAAACGCUAUUUGACGAUGAUAUAUGCUGGUGGAAUUGCCAUUUUUUUCUACGCGUUUCUUACCCAGUGAAAAGUGUGAAUUUGACUGACGAAAAUUAAUUUGGAGUAGAUGUUUGUCUUUGGUAUAUACGGCGCCUUCAUACAUUGCACGUCGGAUGUAGAUUACUAGAGGCAAGCUCAAUUCCCUGCAAAUCAAAGCUUGUUAUCCUGAAAGUGUCGUCUGAUUUCUUCAACAUGCCUGUGGCAUUAAGCGAGUGGAGAGUCCGAAUCGGAACUUUUGUCCAUAGGAUAAAAGAAUGGGUGGUCAGAGAGAUGAGAGAAGAAUUGCUUAAAGAGCGUAUUCAGAGGCUGAGGGUUCUUUGGAAACGACUGAAAACAAUGAAGGAUGAUUCUGAAGGAGGGUCGCAAGAUCAGGAGGCCAGACAAGAUGAAGUGGAUUCAUCUGAUUCUUCGUUGGAAAAUCAACAAGGCGACUGCAAUACCGAACCAUGCACUAAAAUGGGUCAAGAUUCACCACAGCCGUGUUGUGUAGGGAAUGAUAGCUUACUUCAUGAACUAUCUGAUCAAACGGUUACGUCUCAGACAGAGUCCGCUUCACUAAGUACACCGACACAUUCAAAGGUUUCUUCGAGACUUUGCCUACCCCGCCUCGUUCUCUCUUGCUUUCUUUCUCCUUCCUUGUAUUGCUGCUUUCCUUCUAUUUUCCUAUUGUUUUCUUCUUUAUGUCUGUCACUUCCUCCCGGAUUCAGUGUUCCCCUUUCUGUUUCUAUUUCCUUCCUUAUCGUCUUUCCCUUUUUACUUUCACUUUUUCUCUCCCCUUUGCUUCCCUUUUCUCGACGGGAGCGAAGUUUUGGAGAGUGUCACACCUCCACUGCCUCUCCCUCAAACUACUGCUCUGGCACGAAUGAAGCGGUUGAUGAACAGUUACCUCAGCAGCCUAAUCUACAGGAGUUAAUGCUUGUUACUGCGGGGGAUGUGGAGCUCAACCCAGGUCCUCGUGAAAGUUCGAUUGAUAGUGCACUUCAAGAAAAGGAACUUAUAUUACUUGCAAGAGAGGUUCCUGGUAACUUCUACGAUGCGUUGUGCAUCGGUCUUGGCUUCAGCUACACAGAGGGCCAGAAUGUUCUUACGAAACGUCUCCUAGACAUCCCAGGAGCUUUGAUCGAACUGUUCUGCCGAUGGAAAAUCAGGCAGAGAGAUGGCACAGACUGCAGGGCAGUACUUGGAGGAAUUUUUAAAGAGACCAACAUGGGUUCGCUUCAGACAAAGCUAUUAGAAGGAGGAUAUCUUGAAUCUGAUAGGAAUGUACCGAGCAAAGGUAACCCUCAAGAGGCCAUGACUGAGGAACAGGUUUCACAGUGCGCGGAAGACCUCAAGUCUUUCUAUCUUGAACGAAUGUGCAAGAUAAAACCAGACCCGCUUGAUUUCAAUCUAAUCGUCGAAUUCGAAAAACUUUACACCAACCUAGUACUGCUCAGGCACGACAGGGGAUUAACAAGAGACACAUCAUCUCUCGAUUACAAGAACCUCUUUACCACAAAGGUGGACGGAGUGCUCCCUAAAAGGCUUCUGGUUGAAGGUGAAGGUGGUGUUGGUAAGACGACUUUGUGUUCGAAGAUUGCAUGGGACUGGGCCGAAGGGUAUGAGGAGUACAAUCAAUUCAACUGGGUUGUGGUUUUACCACUUCGUAACGCCAUCAAGGGUCAGACAAUUGGAGAUUGCAUGAAAAACUAUCUUAAAGAAAAUAACAUUGUAAGCCCAAAACAGAUCGAAAAUUACAUUAUAUGCCAGCCUUCAAAGGUUUUGAUUGUACUUGAUGGACUCGAUGAGUAUGAUGGAGACCUAUCUACCGAUGACGGGCCAGAUAUUUCUCAGGUUCUGCGAUUAGACAAAUUUAAGGAGUGCACGAUACUGGUGACCACAAGACCGUGGAGGGCACACGAGAUCAAAUGCAAUAAAAAAUUUGGUGGGUCUUAUGCUUUCAUUGCAGUUGAAGGGUUCAGUGCUGAAAAUAUCUCGACCUACAUUAGCAAGUACUUUGUAAAGGAUGUAUACGCGGGGAAUGACCUGAUUCGUUUUAUUGCAGUGAAUGAUGUAAUCAAAGAGAACAUGGCGCCCUUCCCAAUUUACGUAGCUAUGCUUUGCAUCCUGUGGGAAAAUGUAGACAGUGAGAAACGAGAAACGAUUCGCAAACUGAAGACAUUUUCUCAAUUAUUUGAGCAAAUGAUAAUUUUCUUAAUUGACCAUUAUGUUUCAAAAUCGAAGGCCGCAGACGCUUCAGAUGAAGAAAAUGAGAGGCAACGUAUCAAGAUUUUUCUUGGUCAGAUAGGAUCAAUGGCCUUUGAUAGGCUCCUUCAACGGAAAAUGGUUUUUCAGGUAGAUGACUUCAGCUCGUGUACUCACGCCAUGGCAAUCUGUUGCAGAAUCGGAGUCUUAAGCAAGGAACAAAAACUUGUUCCGAGGCAGAAAAGAUCUAUGAGUGCUUUACAAGCUACAAAAACAAACGUUUUCUUUCCUCACAAACUAUUCCAAGAAUAUGUAGCAGCUCUACAUCUUGCUUCUCUUUAUGAGAAUGAUUGCGAUGAGUAUAGGCGGUCAUUGGGCAAAGUAAUGGAAACUAAUGUCCAAGAAUUCCGCUAUCUAUUGUAUUUCACUGCUGCCCAGGUGAAAGAGAUUGGUCUCGAAAUAGUUGAGAUGUUACAAGGGAGCAAUCGAAUCGAUCCGGCCCUCAUGCAGGACAUCGCCGGAAUAAAUGAUACUUUUCUUGUAGAUGUUACCUUUGAAGCUUAUGACAAAGAUACAGCGAAGGCAGUUUGCCAACGGAUAUUUGCAGAGAAACGAACGCUUGUAAUCGAUAGAAACAUGUCUGCUCACACGGUGUCUGGUUACAUGUUCAUCAUGGAACAGCAUAAAGUGGAAACGCUGGAGUUAAGAAGAAAGUGCGGACCGACUGUAUCUCGGGACAUAGCCGACCUGCUUUCUUCACCAACUUCUUUGACAACAUUGAAGCUUUUGGAAACGGAUCUCGAUGACGAGUUCUAUUCUGUGUCAUUAUAUGUUUCAAAGAGAGGGGGGUUGAUCAACGUAGUUCAGGAACUCCAUAUUGACGAUCGGUUCCUUGGCGGCCUACACAAAUCUGACACAACCAUCAAAACCAUAUUCCCCAACCUGAAACGGCUGAGAAUUUUGACUCUUCACACUGUCUCUCCGGUGAUAGUUAAACGAUUGGCACAAACCAGUCUAGAGGAGUUGUUUAUCGAGCGCACACCUGAUCCGAGAGAGCAAAGCCGUCGACCAGUUCCUCUAAUUGGAGAACAUGUUUCACUAGGACAGCUUUUCUCAGAUUCAUUCCCACAACUCACCUCUCUGGUCUUCAGAGAGCUCAUGAUCGGAAACAUACGCACUACAUCAAUACUGCAGAGUCUAAAGAAGCACCAGCAUUUGAAAACAAUUAGUAUCUUCGCUUGUUUUACGGAUAACGAACUAGAUCCACUGGCAGAACAAAUAAAUGCCGAGAACAGGAUCAAAGUGACGCUUCACCAUGACGAGGAACAGAGCACAUUGGAAGUUGAGCCAUCGACAGACUUGCUAGAUGCACUUUGUCACCGAACGAGUGUUUGUAAGUUGGCUCUGAUGGGACCGGGGGGAGACCUUGAUUGCAAAGAGGUAGACUCAAAGGUGAGUGAACUGCCCCUCAAUAUACAUGAAAGGCAAUUGCCAAGGUUAAGAGCGCCUAUGGAAAAUAGGUGGAGCAAUCGAUCUAUAAUUUAUAAUAAUAUAACAUUAUACUAGGAGUCGUUUACCCAAACUCCAUGUACCCCUAUUGCUGAGGAUGAUUUCCCCUUUUUCGGGGGGGGGGGGGGGCUUAUAAGAAAACUUCAGACUGACUAAAUGAUUACGUUAUGAUUAAAGUGCCUACAGAGAACUCUGAUAUAUAUUCAUACUAUAGGAUAUUUUUGGUCUUUUGUUUAUAAUUUGCAUACAAGUUGAAUAACUUUUUGUUCACAUAGGACCUAGCUCUGCGUUUCAUCGAACGUCUCUUUAGAUAUCAUUUUAGAAUUAUUUCACCCUAUAUCCAAAACUAAUAAUUUUGUGGUUAUUUUUUCUUUUUUAGAAUGUGCAAAAGCGGGCUUUAAAAGUCUCGGAUCCCCUCCCCCUCUGAAGUUUGAUCAAGUUUCAAUUCUACGUUGGGGUUAGGGGUUUACAGGGGUUGACUCAUUACCCGUGGCCUAUGUAGUUGAAUGAAUUUUACAUUACAAUGACCUUUCAAGAGGGAAGGGGUCGGGGACGAGGUACUCAUAAAGACUUUCAUGUAUGUACGUCGCGGGAAAUAUAUAUGUUUUCUAUCUCCAAACUUUCAAUCAUCAUUUUUCCUCAAUAAUUGCUAAACCUUAUAUGUCAAGUAUUCUGUAUUUAAUCACACAAUAGCUUUCUUAUCA